GAGAAGUCUGAUUUAGUACCUGUUAUGUCCAGUGGCCUAUUAGAACACCUUCAGAUCAAUUUGGUUGAUCUGCUAUCAUAUAUUGAGCAUAACAAUAGAUAUAGUUAUAUUCUAACUUUAAUCGAUGUAUUUUCACAUUACAUUUGGGCAAUUCUUAUUAAAGACAAGGAAGGAAAUAUAAUUCAUGGCGAAUUGACGCUCCAUGAAACUCAUAAAAAAUCACCAUAUGAGGUGUUUUUUGGCUUUAAAAUAUAUGCCAUUUACAAUAUGCCGAAUACACUGGAGAGCAAUACACUGGGGACUAUUUCACCAGAGCAUAUUCUACCGGUGACCAUUUUGCUAGAGACCAUUUCGCCAGGAACUAUUUCACCAGAGACCAUUCCACUGGGAACACUGGAGCACAUUUCACCAGAGAAUACUGCUUCUCAAGAUAAUGAAGCCUUAUAUAAACUUCAUGUGAUGCAAGUAAAAUGUGUGUAUGAUGAAGUUGUGCAAAAUGAUGAAGCUUAUCAAAAUAAGCUGGUAAUUCGCAAAAGUGUUCAUAGAAAAAAAGUAACAUUUGAACCAGGAGAUAAAGUUGCGGUUGCACUUGAUUUUGGUAAUAACCAAAAAAUGCGAAAAUGUAAGUUAGAACAAACCUGUAAUAUUACUAGAAAAGUUGUUAGUGUGUGUAGUAAUAACAGGGCUGUUAGAGUUGAUGUAGAUAGUGAAAUAAAAAAUUUUGCUGCUAAAAAUUUGAAAAAGCUUCGUGAAUAG